ACACGGUCAUGUUGAUAUUGUUUUGUUUUCGAUCAUUCAAUUGUUUAUUUACAUUAAUAUACCGAAUUUAAAUUUUUCAUUAUAACCAAUAUAGUAAAAAAAAAAAAAGAACUGUAAAAGUAACUAUAAUACGCUAAUGACAGUAUACAACAAGAGUUUAUUGUAAAUAAAUUUAGAGAUUCUUUAAUAUUGAUAAAAAAAUUCAUUAGACAAUGAAAACUUUUAUACUCAAGAACUCAACUCUUCAAUUCAAAGUUCCGUUAAAGUAAAGAACAUCUUCUGAGUUGGACUGCCAAAGAAAUUUUGGAUGCUUUGAUGAUCAAUCAUCGUUGUGUGUGUACACUCAUUUGCCAACGUUAGUCACACAUACAGUCCGAGCGUAAUUCAAUAUGGAAGAACAUGAGUGUGUCAGCAAAUAUUUUCAAGACCGAAAUCUACAGUCAAAAAGUCCUAACACAAUUCUACUCUCGCCAUCAAACUGUCUCGAUUUAUCAUCGAAUAUAAGUCAAAGUACCAUAGAUUCUGAUGAUUUUUUAAGCCUAUCACAAUUAGAUAUAGAAGAACAGGAGCCUUUACAUGUUCGUCCAUUUUUUAAUAUAACGCCUAGACAAAUGCCACUAUCACCGCAUUACCUAUUCGAAGAAGAGUUUGCCUCGAAUCCUUGGGCGAUGUUAGUAGCGACGAUCUUCUUAACCAAAACAUCAGGAAAAACCGCGAGGCCGUACAUGAAAUCCUUUUUUGAGGAAUACCCGACACCAUAUCAUGUAUUAGAUGAAAAUCCGACGACCUUAGAAAGAUUUUUUGAGAAUUUAGGACUGAGGAAAAGAAGUCAAAUGAUUUGGAAGUUGAGCUAUCAAUUCGUAUCUUCAAAUUGGCGUCGUGCCAGCGACUUGUGUGGUGUUGGGAAGUAUGGAGAAGAUGCGUAUAGGAUAUUUUGUUUGGGUCAUACAGAUUUGGACCCUGAGGAUAGGUAUUUGAAAUUGUAUUUAAAUUGGUUAAAAGACUGCACGGAAUUUCCAGAAGUACAUAGUAUAUCAGACAGCGAAUUAGUGAUUGAAGAUCCGGUUUUAAAAUAUUAUAGAUUAACGUUGCGGGAUUGACCUCAUACUAUUAGUGUUAUUCGUAUGAAGGUGUCUCCCUCUGGUGUGAAGAAUUAGGCAACCUCCAAUAUACACAAAGGCCUUUAACGUGACGUACUGAACGAGACGGCUUUAAUCGCUUUAUAAUUAUUGUAAUUAAUUAAUAUCGAAAUUAUGUGCAAUUGUAACACAAUAAAAUAUUGUAUUAGUUUGUAAUGUAUAUUCAUUUUAUGCUGGAGUUGGUUGAUAUUUUGUCAUAAAAAUUAAA